CCAAGGUAUAUAAGGGCCUGUGACUCUCUUUUCCCUCAAAACCAAACCUGGCAGAACAAAGAGAGUAUUGAUUGACAAUCAUCAGCUUGUUCUUCUCCUCUGUGUCAGCCAAUCACCACCUCAGCAACGAUGACAUCAGUCUUUCCGUUUGCUUUGUUGCUCUGUUUGUCCAGCGGACUGUUGGCUGCAUAUGGUGAACCUUGCUGCCCUCCUGGUUGGACUCAGUUUGGCUCUCGCUGUUUCACUUUCUACAUCCAGACAAAGACCUGGAUCGAUGCAGAGACCUUCUGCCAGACCGCUGGUGGGACUCUGGCUUCCAUCCACUCAGCUGAGGAACAUACAUUCCUCCAAGACUACAUUAACCAAGUGUCCGGUACAUACAAAGAUGCCUGGAUCGGAGGCACUGACACAGUGAAGGUGAGACUUUUAUCAUCACACAGGAAGUGAUAUUGUUCAUGUGCU